UUUUUUUCCGAGGAGUAGGAGCAGAGGGGACAACGAGAGGGAAGAGAAUAAAAACUUCUUGAGCAGCGAUAAGGGCAUAAAGGUUUACUAAUAAUAAUAACAAUAAUAGGAGGAAGAAUAAAAAAGAAAUAAGGGAAAGAAAGCAAGAAAAAAAGUGGAUAACACAAGAAGAAGAAGAAAGGUGCACGCGCGGGUGACUUUCCGUACGCGUACGAGGAAUUUUAUUCCGGUUUCCAAGGGAUCGCGCGCGUCCUGCUUGUGCGCUCGUGCAUGCGCGCGCCGGAGCGGUGGAAGUGUGUUUGCGCGCGGGCCGAGUCUCGGCUGAAGUUUGAGCGGAGGACCGGAGGACAGCAGAGGCGGCACCAUGCGGGCACCGAGCUCCACUUUCACCGCCGCCGCCUUCGUGCAUCUCCUCAUACACUGCUUCUGCGUGAAGCUGUGUGAAGCAUCAGGCCACUUCGAGUUGCGUGUGCUGUCAGUCAGGAACGUCAAUGGGGAGCUGCAGAGCGGCUCUUGCUGCGACGGCACGCGAAAUGUGGAGGACAACAACAGAUGCACGCAGGACGAGUGCGACACAUAUUUCCGCCUCUGCCUUAAGGAGUACCAGUCCAGGGUGACCCCCGGUGGACCAUGCAGUUUCGGCAGUGGAUCUACUCCAGUGAUCGGUGGGAACGUUGUGUCAGCCAAGAGCCUGGCGGAGAACGACAAGGCUCGCAUCGUGCUGUCUUUCAGCUUCGCCUGGCCGAGGUCGUACACACUGAUCGUGGAGGCCUUGGACUUCAACAACGACUCGAGCAUUGGUAGUAGCAGCGGUCAGGUGAUCGAGAGGGCCAUGCAGUCGGGUAUGAUCAACCCGAGCAGACAGUGGCAGACGCUGAAACACAAUGGCGGCGUGGCGCAGUUCGAGUAUCAGAUCCGUGUCACCUGUGACGAUCACUACUACGGCUUCGGCUGCAACAAAUUCUGCCGGCCGCGAGACGACUUCUUUGGCCACUAUAACUGCGACCACAACGGCAACAAGACGUGUCUGGAGGGCUGGGCUAGCCCCGAAUGCAGCACCGCGAUCUGUAAGCAAGGCUGUAGCACCAAACACGGAAGCUGUAAGAACCCUGGAGAGUGCAGGUGUUUGUAUGGGUGGCAGGGGGAUUACUGCGAUCAGUGUAUCCCACACCCCGGGUGUGUUCAUGGCACUUGUGAGGAACCCUGGCAGUGUCUCUGUGACACCAACUGGGGAGGACAGCUCUGUGACAAAGACCUAAACACGUGUGGCACGCGGCAGCCGUGUCUGAACGGAGGCACGUGCAGUAACACAGGACCAGACAAGUACCAUUGCUCCUGUCCUGAGGGUUACUCCGGCCAGAACUGCGAGAGAGCGGAUAACGCCUGUCUGUCGGAGCCGUGUCUGAACGGGGGACGCUGUAUGGAGAGCAAUCAGGGCUUCGAGUGCCAGUGUGCUCCGGGGUGGACCGGUCCAUCCUGUGCCAUCAACAAAGACGACUGCAGUCCUAACCCGUGUCACCACGGAGGGACGUGUAUGGACCUCGUCAACAGUUUCAAGUGCAAGUGUCCUGCGCAGUGGAUCGGCAAAACCUGUCUCAUCGAUGCAGAUGAGUGUGCCGAGAACCCGUGUGUGAACGCCCACCUCUGCCGCAACCUGAUUGGUGGAUACUUCUGCGAGUGUCUCCCCGGCUGGACUGGACCCAACUGUGACAUCAAUGUCAACGACUGCCAAGGGCAAUGUCUGAACGGAGGAUCUUGUAAGGACCUGGUGAAUGGGUACAAGUGUGUGUGUGCGCCGGGAUUCACAGGCGAUCAUUGCGAGAAGGAUAUUGACGAGUGUGCCAGUCAGCCCUGUCUGAACAAGGGCCAGUGCCGCGAUGAUGUCAACGGCUUCCAGUGCCUGUGCCUGCCUGGGUUCUCUGGAAACCUGUGCCAGUUGGAUAUCGACUACUGCGAGGGAAAUCCAUGUCAGAACGGUGCGCCGUGUUUUAACCUAGAGACGGAUUACUACUGUAAAUGUUCUGAGGAUUACGAGGGCAAGAACUGCUCCCAUCUCAAAGACCACUGUCGCACCACACCCUGCGAAGUGAUCGACAGCUGUACGGUUGCCGUGGUUUCGAAUAGCACGCCAGGGAACGUGCGCUACAUCUCAUCCAAUGUGUGCGGCCCGCACGGUCAGUGCCGCAGCCUGGCCGGCGGUCAUUUCAGCUGCGAGUGUCAGGAGGGCUUUACUGGAACCUACUGUCAUGAGAACAUUAAUGACUGCGAGAGCAGCCCAUGUGGUAACGGCGGGACAUGUAUUGAUAAAGUAAACGUGUACCAGUGUAUCUGCGCUGAUGGCUGGGAGGGACCCGACUGCGAAACUAAUAUCGACGACUGCAGUACAAACCCAUGCCACGAUCGCGGUGUGUGUCGCGAUCUGGUCAACGACUUCUACUGCGAGUGCAAAAACGGCUGGAAAGGAAAGACCUGUCACUCACGCGAGAGCCAGUGCGACGAGACGACGUGUAACAACGGCGGUACGUGCUACGACGAAGGAGACUCCUUCAAAUGCAUAUGUGCGCCUGGCUGGGAAGGGACGAGCUGUAAUAUCGCGAAAAACAGCAGCUGCCUUCCCAACCCAUGCGAGAACGGAGCUACUUGCGUCGUCAGCGGCGACCACUUCACCUGCGUGUGCAAGGAAGGCUGGGAGGGACUCACCUGCAACCAGAACUCAAAUGACUGCAACCCACACCCAUGUUACAACAGCGGGACGUGUGUGGACGGAGAUAACUGGUACCGGUGUGAGUGUGCCGCGGGCUUCGCCGGACCCGACUGUCGCAUCAACAUAAACGAAUGUCAGUCGUCUCCGUGCGCGUUCGGCGCGACCUGCGUGGAUGAGAUUAACGGAUACCGCUGCUUGUGUCCGCCCGGGAGAACUGGAGUGAAGUGUCAGGAAGUAAUCAGACAUCCCUGCAUGGACAGCGGCCGGCACAUGGCUGACGGGGCGAGAUGGGACAAAGACUGUAACACCUGCUCGUGUCACAACGGCAGGAUCAACUGCACAAAGUUGCUGUGCGGUCCGAGGAUGUGCCAUCCGCUCGGGGCCGGGCGCGGAGACUGUCCGGCGGGUCUGUCGUGCAUCCCGGUGCGUGAGGACUAUUGCUUCGUGCGACCUUGCCACACGCAAGGGGAGUGCUGGUCAGAUCAGAGCACGCCCGUCCAGUCCCGGUGCCACCCGGAGAGCGACUGCGCCAACGUGACGUUCACUUUCACGAAGGACGUCAUGCCACAGGGCGUGACGGUGGAGCAGGUGUGCAGAGAGCUACGCAGUCUCUACGUGGUGAAGAACCUCUCCUCCGAGUACUCCAUCUCCAUCACCUGUGAACCUUCCGCCACGGCCAGCAGUGAAAUACACGUAGCCAUUCAGGUUUCUGAUGAUGGCGACAGGAGCCACGUUCCGGUUAAAGGUAUCACGGACCGGAUCAUCGACGUGGUGAGCAAACGAAGCACUAACGGUACCAUUCUCGCUGCCAUCGCGGAGGUACGCGUCCAGCGCCGGCCCGCCAGCACCCCCAAUGAUUACCUGGUGCCGGUGCUGGUUUCCGUAGCAACAGUGAUCUGGGCGCUGGCUUUGGUGUGGGCAGCGUUGUGGUGUGUGAGACGACGGCGCAAGCAAAACGCAAGUGCCACCGCGACCGGGUACACGUCUGCGCCGUCGACCGUCCCAAGUGCCGAGGACAACAACGCAGCCAACAACGCGCGCGAGAACCUGCACCAGAUCAAAAACCGCAUCGAGAAAAACGCCGUGAGCGCCAAGAUCGGACAGCAGAAACUCCCGCCUCCAGAAACGUCGGCACCCGAGGACGACCCGGACACGGAAAAACAUCUCCACAAAGCACGGUUUCCACGGCGACCGGUGUACGUGCCCGUGGAGUGCGACGAGCGGCCAAGCAGCCUGCACGAAAAGUGCGCUCACUGGACUAACAAACGCGACAACAGAGACUUGGAGUCCCAGAACAGCUUGCACAGAAUGGAGUACAUCGUAUAGCGGCUGCGAGGAAACGGCGGUGGGCUAGGCAACAGUCACCGUGACAACCGUUACGGCUGCACCCGGAGGUGAAGGACGGACGGGAAAAUAAUAGCACCAGAAUUUUCCGGCUCACCUUCGAGCAGGAGACUCAGGUCUCUGUUACGGGAAAUUUGACCGUUUUGGACUGUCAAAAUGGCGAAGGAGGAGAAAACGAGGAAAAGUCCCCACAGCAAAAUUUACGACAAAGACACACUGACUAAUUGGGUCAGAUCGAGGUUGUUGUGGGUUGGCCACUUUUUUGGUUUUCCCCCCGGUUAAAAAAACAAAGCAAAACACCACGGCCUUCGGUUACUUCACACAGUGCUGAAUUACGGACAAGCGAUUUUUGGCACUGCUGGAAAAAAAUUUUAUUCCUUUGUGUGCAGCAGAAUUUCGAAGGCACACGGAUUUGCACUCAGCAAACAUGCGUCAGUGUUUUUUUUUUUUUCCUUUUUCCUUUCUUUCCUGUUCUUUUUUUCUUCUUCCUUGGAAUCAUUUCACAGAGAUGCAGGGUUUCAACCUGAUUCGUCACGAGCAUAAAACCUUGUGUGUCAGAGCCGAGAAGUAAAGCUGAUCUCGGCCCAGGUUUGCAGUUUCGCCGCUACCGCUAGAGACGCUCUGAGGUUAUCUCAUUUAAGUCACGCAGACGGAGAUCUCGACACGUGUCCGUGAACCGAGAUCCUCCAAGCUCACUUAGAACUGAAGUCUAAGGGCAGUUGUUGAAAUGUCUGUCUGGAAAAAAUUCCCGUGAUGUUUUUUUUUUUUUUUUUUUUUUUUGGUCAAACCAACAAUUUCGUGUUGGUUUGCAAUCUGACUGUAAAUCUGUCUUGUUGUCUUGUCUCAUCUUAGGCACAGGGGCUGAUUAUGUUGCUUGGGUUAAACAGAGGACUUUAGACUUUAACUGUAAGUGAGUUUGGAGUAAACUGGGUUUCCGUUGUCUUCAGGUUGACAAAACGGUGGGGUUGUUCAACACCCCGGAUCUGACACUAGGGGUGGGCCAGUUAUCAGGGGAAACAAGAUAAGACGAACAUAAAUCAAACAUUGUGAUACUUGAAGGUACUUCUUCAAGACGGCCCUUUCUUUAUUCAAUUUGUUGCCGUAUCAAUGCAACGUACUCUGUGAAGUAAACCAUCUUGAUUAAAGGGAUAAAAAAAUGACAAGGCAAAUUGGAAAAAAAAAAAACAUAGUCAUAUGCGUAUUCAGCGCUUUAUAGAAAUACUAACGAUACUUUAUAACAAAUUCGUCCAUCAGAUCGCCCACCCCUGAGUAAAUCCCGCGUUAAUCCUACUGUCAAUGCGAACAUUCCUGCUACACCACACAUCCACAACAACCAAAACGUCAUCACUAUCCUUACUGUUAUUAUUAUUAUUAUUAUUACUAUUAUUUAUUGUCUUUUUUUUUUUUGCAGGCGGCAGGUCAAACUUUAGUCCCUUGCAAUAUGAAGAAUUUAAUUGUCGACUUUACUCUGACGUCAAUGUUGUGUAGAUUUUUUUUUCUCUUGUAUGUACAUAUUUUUUAAUUAAUCAUUGUGUAUAUUUGAUUUAUUAACUUAAUAUUCGAGAGCCUAUCAUUCCUUUUUUUUUAUUUAUGUGCUUUGGUUAGAUUCGAAGGUUUGACAGCUUUGUAAGCUUUCAACUUCCUUAUUUUUGACAGAAAACACUUGUUUCACAUAAAAAAAAACAGUUUGUAAAAAGAAAAUAUGCCAAAAGUGUUCUUGAAAGAAUAGUUUUAUUUUUUAUUCUAGCUGUAUGAAAUGAAAUGAAAUGCGCUGUACAAAUUUUGUUGUUUAAAAAAGGAAAAAAGGAAAAAAAAAGUUUAUUAGUUAGUUUGACGGUUUUGGUCAGGAUUAUUUCCCGAACGUUUCCAAAACAGUGGUGGAGAAAGGUGGGAAAGAAAGAAACGUGACUUUAACGCGUCUUACAACAAAGACAAACAUAAGUGAAUAGACAUUUCUGCAGUGGUGUAUUUCCUGUAUUCUGUCAUAAAUCAACCUUAGAAUGUUCCGUCACUGUGUUAAUGUAACCCGCGCUUCCCGUAGCAGUAUUUCUGUAGUGAGGUGAGAUUAAAGCUCGUAGCCAGCAGUUUGUUUAUCAGCUGACAAACGACUGAGGAAACCAGAAGAAGAGCUUCUUGUUUAAAGAGCUUCACUUUCCUUUGAAAAAAAAGUAAAAACUCUGUAUGAUUUGUAAUAUUUCAUUGUUUUGUUGAUAAUUUCAAGACAGAAAUAAAGGGCAGGUCCAUCAAAGUGAACUCUUUCUUCUGAGUGAUGCUGGCCAGGACAUCGUACAAUUUUUUUCUUUAGGCCUCUCUGAACAAAAAACGUUUCAGUUUUACUUUAGUGUUAAAUUUAAUAACUUUUCCUCUUUUUGCCAGAAGUCUUGUUUUUUUGUGUCAUUU